GGAUGUUACUGCUCAUCUCCAGAUGUAGUCUUCUUCACGCACUAAUGUUUGCAACCAGCGCCCAGGAGGCUCUCCUCCGUGACUGAACUAGGAAGAUAUUACUUUGCUGCAUUAUUGCUUUACUGCUGAAUUAAUGUACUACAGUAUUGCUUAAAUGCCUUAUUCCAUCACAAUAUGAAGCUGCUCACCGCCGUUAUUUCUAACUGCGGCGAAAGUUUACUUCAGAGGGAAGAUGUCUUUGAGACAAAGCGAUCUUUCCUCCGGUCGGCGAUCAUGGAGGGAUAGACGUUUCAACGCGGCGCAAAGUCCAUGGGGGAGUUCAUCGAACUCCAGGACCUGAGGCCAGGCGAGAAUCACGUCCGAUUGGCGGCCGCACAUUCGCCAUGCUGGCCUCCGCGUCUGGAGAGAGCCAACGCCCUGAGGAUCAGCCCGGGGAAGGUCCCGGAUAUGCUGAGCCGGGUGGGCAUCAUCCGCAUCCUGAGCAGCUCUGAGCUGGACCACCACCUCACGGAGGAGACGGGAGCAGGUCAUGACUUUCAACCCUGCAGCCACGCUCAGCCCACCUGGUGUGACCUGUGUGGAGACUUCAUCUGGGGUCUCUACAAGCAGAGCCUGCGCUGUGCCAAUUGCAGGUUCACAUGUCACUACCGCUGCCGUCCGCUCAUCCGCUUAGACUGCAGCUGGGACCAAGGCUGCGACCAAGCGUGUGUGGUAGAGCUCACCAUAGAAACUGACACAAAUGUGGAUGAAGCGACCGAGUGUGGUAAGCAGGAGUUGAGCACAGGCGACGUUCAGAAGCAGGUGAAGGAGUACAACUCCCAGAUCAACAGCAACCUCUUCAUGCACAUGAACAAGGAUGGAUCAUACAUCGGCUUCAUUAAAGUGCAGUUCAAGCUGGCGCGGCCCGUGUCAGUCUCUCCCUCCCAAAAGAAGGCGCUUAGCGAGAAGAGGCGCAGUGGAGUCAAGCGCCGCACCUCCUUCUACCUGCCAAAAGAGACGUCCAAGCACCUUCACAUCAGCUCGCACACGUCUGCUCGCGAGGUCAUUGAGGCUCUGCUGAAGAAGUUCACCGUCGUGGACAACCCCGCUAAGUUUGCUCUGUUUGAGCGUCGGGAACGUCACGAACAAGUUUACAUCCGUAAGAUGUCUGAUACCGAGCGGCCCCUCCCUCUGCGACUGAGCGCUGGACCCAGCCAGAAAGUUCUCAGCUUUGUGCUCAAAGAGAACGAAACUGGCGACGUCAACUGGCACGCCUUCUCCAUGCCCGAACUCAACAACUUCCUGCGCAUUCUGCAGCGCGAGGAAGAGGAGCACGUCAAGCAGAUCAUGCAAAAAUACGCUGCAGCUCGAGCCAAGAUGCGGGACGCCCUGCAAGGCUCCACGCCCGGAUGACGAGCACCUGUCAUGGAUCCAUGUGACGUCUUCAAAGAAUCCAAGCGCCUCUUGGUUGAACGAGUGUGAAAGGGCACGAGCGAAAGAGAGACGAUGAAAGCGAGCGAGAGCUGGCGCGGGAUGUGCGUGUGAAGUGAUGCGAGAUAUGAGCAGUGCCUUCCACCUGGAGAGUCUGACGUGCCUGAGAGAAUGGGUUGAGAGGAACGAGGAGCGGCGGAACACACGGUGGAUGUUGGCGUCGGCUAGCUGACAAUUUGCAGUUUUAACGAUGCCACAUCCUCAAAGCCGCAACGUGUGUUCACGCCCUCCCUGCAACUCUUACCAGUCUUGUUGUUUUGCACGGUGUCAAAGGUCACACAGGUUGACUGUGAUUGUGAAUGCAUUUGUAUGUAUUGUACCUACUUCCAUGUUUUGUGUUGUCACUCAAAUCUAUCAUGUCACUUUCUAUAUUUGUGUAUAUGCACAAGGCCAAUCAUCAGUCCUGCUGCUAAAAUAGUCUUCUAUAUUGUCAUAAUGAUACCAUGAAUUGAUUAACGUGGACCCCGACUUAAACAAGUUGAAAAACGUAUUCGGGUGUUACCAUUUAGUGGUCAAUUGUACGGAAUAUGUACUGUACUGGCAGAGGGGUUAGUGCGUCUGCCUCACAAUACGAAGGUCCUGAUUUUAAUCCCGGGCUCUGGAUCUUUCUGUGUGGAGUUUGCAUGUUCUCCCCGUGACUGCGUGGGUUCCCUCCGGGUACUCCGGCUUCCUCCCACCUCCAAAAACAUGCACCUGGGGAUAAGUUGAUUGGCAACACUAAAUUGGCCCUAGUGUGUGAAUGUUUGUGUGAAUGUUGUCUGUCA